AUGAUUACUUCAUUGUCUGGGGCAACUAAGAGUUCCUUCCAGAUGACGACCUUCACCUCUACCCUCUUAGCCGUACAUUGUUCAGAGAGGGAGAUGCCCCUGGUGGACUUCCGAAAAAACUUUUACCCCAGCAAGGAUUUCAACAAGUUGCUGGACUUGCCUAUUAACCAGCGUAGGGCUCCUCUGCUUAUGAAUUUCAUCCCGACUUACAGAUCUCUUCUUCCCGAUGUCCCAAGAAAAAGCAAGAGCAAGUCUCCUCCAUCAGCUAUAACUCCACAAGCUGAGUCGUCAAGGCCUGACCAAGGAUCAACAUUUGAUCCUACGGAGCAGCCAUCUACCUCGGCUCCACAACUAAUCCCUCCAUCUCAACGCAAAUGCCGAUGUAGAACUGUCAUUGCCGCCGAGAUGGGUCGCAAGAAAGCUGUUGCAGACGACCUUCUGGCCGACAUCUCUAACACUGUCACUGCUCAACCUUUACCAUCCCAAUCCCAGCCGAAACCAAAGCCCAAAAGGCUAAAGAAAGCACAACCCAAGGCAACGGCGACUCAGAUCGACUCUGAGGACACCUUAUCGAUCUCUAAAAUUGCUGAGGUAGAAAAAAGUACCUCCGCAACCGAAAAAAGGCCUACCGAGGCCGCGCCUUCCGAAUUGACCAGGUCAAAGAGACUGAGGUCCGAAUCAGCAACAACCUCGAGCUCUCUGAAGUCUAAUGCCCCCUGGGCUCCCCCAAUUAUAAUUGAGGACAAGCUGGUUAGAGCUGGCGACAGCGCCGACGACAUUGAAGUCGGUGUUUCUCUCUCAACCGCCUUGCUUAUCCCCAAAGAUCUCAUUCGCAACGCCGAGAUGAGUGAGUAUGAAAACUUCGCUCUAAUGUUGCAGCACUCCGUCCAAGCGAUCCAACAUGGCCACUCCUUUACGAUGCAAGCCUUUGCCAUCAAGAAGGAGUUGGCCAAUAAGACUAGGGAGGCUGCUAGCUUGCAGAAGAUCAUCAACAAGGCUGUGACAAAGAUAAACACCUUGACAAAUCAGGCCGAGGUAGCCAAGAAGGCUCAGGACAAGGCCGAGGAAAAGACUGAUGUUGCAAAGGCCAUUGCCAAGGUCCUUGCGGCCGAGAAGAAAGAGGCUAAGGCAAAGAUGGUCGAGGCCCAAAAAGAGCUUCAAGAUGCCCUAGCCACAAAAGAGGCCGAGAUCAAAUUGGCGGACGAGAAGGCAUACGCUGAGGGGGCGACCGACAUCAAAGAAGAUUGCAAGAAACAAGUCAGACAUGCAUGCAACAAGGGCUAUACCCUUGGUUGGAUGGCUGCUUUGAAAGGGUUGGCCGUUCCCGAGGACUCGCCUCUCCGAGAAAACAAGCACAUCGUCCUACCAUUCCCGCCUACUCCAAGCCAAUCCGAGGACGAGGCUGAGUCCGAGAAGGAAGCUGAGGCUGAGAAGAACAAAGAGGCUUUUGGGACCAAUUCCCCAACUCUGAAUGAGCAAGUCUUGGACUUGACUCAGGGUAAGGAAAACGAGGUCUCAAAAGAAGCUACCCCUCAGAAGACAACAUCUGACGCACCUAUCAUCGAGAAGAGCAUCGACCAGAAUCUCCAAGAGAUUGAUGCUGAGCUUGCGGCUGAGAAGGCUGCCGAAAAGAGUUCUAAGAUGUCUUUCGAGCCCCAAACCGAUGCUGACGCCGAAUAG